ACCAGUGAAUCAGCAUGUCUGGACGCGGUAAGCAGGGCGGCAAGGCGCGCGCCAAGGCCAAGACCCGCUCUUCCCGGGCUGGGCUGCAGUUCCCCGUGGGACGCGUGCACCGCCUGCUCCGUAAGGGCAACUACGCGGAGCGCGUGGGCGCCGGCGCCCCGGUGUACCUGGCGGCCGUGCUCGAGUACCUGACGGCCGAGAUCCUGGAGCUGGCGGGCAACGCGGCGCGCGACAACAAGAAGACGCGCAUCAUCCCGCGCCACCUGCAGCUGGCCAUCCGCAACGACGAGGAGCUCAACAAGCUGCUGGGCCGCGUCACCAUCGCGCAGGGCGGCGUGCUGCCCAACAUCCAGGCCGUGCUGCUGCCCAAGAAGACCGAGAGCCACCACAAGGCCAAGGGCAAAUAAAAAUGGCUCCAGACAGCGUGACCCCCCCCCCCCCCCGCCAGGUGCGCAAAUAAAAGGCUCUUUUCAGAGCCACCCACUCUUUUCUGUAAAGUGCUGGAAUACUUUUUUAACGUCCCAGUAACCUGUUUUUAUGCAUCUUCAUAGGUAUUUAUUGUUCGAUAGGUAUUCCACAUGAGAGGUCAGCUCGUUUGCUGAACCACUAGUUUAUCCCCAUUUAUUAAAUGUACAAAAUACAGAAAUGGAAACCAGUCUGGUAAUUCUUUUAUGUCCAAGAUAUAGAGCUGUAGAUAAUGCAAGUAAUACAAUACCAUACCGAGUUCUAUAAAGUAUCACUAUAACCCUAAUACAUUGUGUACUCGGAUACGUAUACACAGAAUACCCACUACACAAAUCAAGGCGUGUGCUGUGUGUUCAUACACAAUUGCUUUCAAGGAAACUCCAGAAUAUGAGUAGGAGAAUGACAGAACAAAGAAAGAUGUCUGUCCAAUCACAUUUCAUGGCGGGAUUUUUAAAUUGUGUGCGUGACAGCAUCUAGAUUUUUCAAGAAUUCUCUGUUCUUUUUCUUACCAGAAAACGCAAUUAGUAAUGUACUUUAAAGUCAUCAUAAAAUUAAGCUUUGCCUUUAUGAUAGAAAUUUAAAAGUAAACUAAAAAAUGAGAUAGUCAGUUUUGAGGGAAUGCAAUUAACUUCUCCCAGAAGUUUCUGAAAACCAAUCAGAUCUCGGCAUGGGACUCAUUAAAGCAUGCAGCUCUAGCCCUAUACACAGGAUUUUCACCGGGAUGCUCUUCUAUCCUCAUGGCCCGCACGAAAGCGGGGCCGUGGGCAACCCUAGGCGGAGGGCACCUGCGAGCAGCUGGCCACCAAGGAGAUGGAGCGCGCGGCCAGCUGGCUCUCUCAAGCCACGCGUCCAGCCCGCGGUGUCCCGGAUGGCGCCGGACUUCAGCACUGCCCUUGGCUUCCGGAGUUCCAUCAGCCAAGCGGACACUGCAGGCGGCCUGUAAGCCUCCCCCGCGGGGCCUUUGACUUGGACCUGGGAGCCAACACGUUCCAUGCCAAGGACCUCAUCUCUCUUGUGGCUUGUACCCGCGUCGGUGAGAAGGCAUAACUCAGAGCUAUCAUUUCAUCUCAAUUGAAAGGCUCUUUGCAGAGCCAAGCACUUUGUCAGUAGAAGCUGUCUUUGGAAAUUUAACAAAAUAAAUGAUUCAGGGCCAUGGCAGUGUCUGUGCCCUCCAGUGCCAAGGACAUCCCUGGUAUAGCAUC